UGCUUGGCAUAGGCCACGGGAACAAGCUGCUCACUGAUCUGUACAACUGCCACCUGACCAAGGUUUACACUGUUGGUGGGCUGUUUGGUAAAGCGACUGAUGACUUCUCAGACACAGGGAAGCUAGUAGAGAAGACAACAUUUGAUCACAUCACAAGGGAGAAGCUGGAACGGAUUGUCGCUGUCAUUCAAGGAACACAUCAUAAGGCCUUGCUGAUGCAUUCUAACAUUGACAUGAAAACGCAAGAGGCGUAUGAGCUGGCUGUCAAAGGUUUGAUUCGCCCCAUGGGAAAAAGCCCUCCAAUAAUCACAGCGAUCCGGUGCCUCCAGCUCACACUUCCAGAGUUCCAGCUAGAAAUCCAUUGCUUGCAUGAGACUCAGCAGUACCUCCGAAAAAUAGUUCACGAGAUUGGUUUGGAGCUGAAAUCAUCCGCCGUGUGCACACAGGUGCGGAGAAUACGCGACGGCGUUUUCACCCUGGAUGACGCUCUGCUGAGAACGCAGUGGAACCUGCAGAGCAUACAGAACGCGAUUUGGGACUGUCAGCUUAAGGUAAAAACAGAGUUAGAGAAAACAUUAGGGCAUCAGGGUAACAGCCCUCCGCACACGAUGGACGUGGAGAUGGCCCACGCCACAGAGAGCUGA